GUCAACAUUGCCUUCUGGCCGAGCCUCCGGCCAAGUCGAGCCUCCGGACCAACCGAGCCGCCACGGAGGGACACCGGUUCAUUCGCAGCUCCGGCCCGGCUUGCAGGAUGCCGCCAGGUUGCCAGUGGGUUUAUUUCUUGAGUCUCUUCGCCGCCGUGGCCAGUGACUGUGUGACGCGGCUCCACGAAGAUACCUUCUUCAAGGGCGGGGACUUGGGUGCCGUCUUCGCCCCCAGCGCUGACCACUGCCGCCUUCUCUGCACCUUCCACCCGCGCUGCCUCCUCUUCAGCUUCCUCCCCGCGCACACUGUGCAGGACGAAAACCGCUGGUUCCGAUGCUACUUGAAGGACAGCGUCACAGAAACCCUGCCCCGCGUGGCCGUGGCUGGGGCCGUGUCGGGACAUUCCUUCAAGCACUGCGGCCACCUCAUCAGCCCUUGCAGCCGCGAGGUCCACCCCGGGCUGGACAUGCGGGGGACCAACCACGACCGCAGCAGGGCCCGGAGCGAGGACGAGUGCCAGCGGAGGUGCACGGACGACGCCCGCUGCCAGUUCUUCACCUUCGCCACGCAGCACUUCCACAGCCCUGCCAACCGGAAUACCUGUCUGCUGAAACACAGCUCAACUGGUGCUCCGACCACAGUGAAGAUGAUGGAUGGGGUGGUGUCUGGAUUCUCGCUGAAGGCCUGUGCCCUCUCCCACACGGGUUGUAUCCGGGACAUUUUCCAGGACAUGGCUUUUUCCGAUGAUGAUGUGGCCAAGAUGGUCACCCCAGAUGCCUUUGUCUGCCAAACUGCCUGCACUUACCAUCCCAGCUGCCUCUUUUUCACCUUCCACACUAAUGCGUGGACCCCAGAGGCCCAGAGGAACGUUUGUCUCCUUAAGACGUCGCAAAGCGGGUCACCCAGCUCUUCCCUGCCGACGCCGCAUGCUGUGUCAGGGUACAGCCUCCUAGCCUGCCAGAGCCCCCUGCCUGAGACUUGCCACAGGAAAGUGUACCCUGGCAUGGCUUUUGAGGGGGAUGAACUGAGGCAGGUGCUGGUUAGUGGCGUCGACGCCUGCCAGAAGAACUGUACGGGCACCCUCCGCUGUCAGUUUUUCACAUACGCCUCCCUGCCCGCGGAGUGCCAGGGCGACAGGUGUAAGUGCUCCCUGAAGAUGUCAUCAGACGGUGCACCCUCCAAGGUUGUCCCCAGGGCCGGGUGGGCCUCCGGCUACUCCUUGAGGUUGUGCAGGACUGCCAUCGGCUCAGCGUGUGCCACGAAGACCAACGUCAGGGUUGUGGGAGGGACCAAGUCUGCUCCAGGAGAGUGGCCGUGGCAAGUCAGCCUACACGUCAAGAAGAUGAGCCAGCAUCUCCUGUGCGGAGGCUCCAUCAUCGGGCCUCGGUGGAUCCUGACAGCAGCCCACUGCUUCGAUGGACUCAACCUCCCUGCACUCUGGCGUGUAUAUGGGGGCAUCUUGAACCAGUCAACCAUAGAUGAGAACACCCCUUUCUCCAGAGUCCAAGAGAUCAUCAUCCACUCCCAGUACAAGGUUCUGAACAGCGGCCACGACAUCGCCCUCAUGCAGCUUGAGUCUCCCUUGAAUUUCACAGAUCUCCAGCAGCCCAUCUGCCUGCCAACCCCGGAAGAUGUCGGAGUCGCCUUGGCUAACUGCUGGGUCACAGGCUGGGGCUACUCGAAAGAGAACGGGGAGGUCCAGGCCAUCCUCCAGAAGGCCAAGAUUCCCGUAAUCAGCAAUCUGGAAUGCCAGGAGCGCUACCCGCAGCACAAAAUCACCGGGGGGAUGGUCUGCGCUGGCUACAAGGACGGCGGGAAGGACGCCUGCAAGGGAGACUCGGGGGGGGCCGAUGGCGUGCAAGCACCACGGAAUCUGGCACCUGGCUGGGGUCACCAGCUGGGGCGAAGGCUGUGCACGCAAGGACCACCCCGGGGUGUACACCAGAGUGGCCGAGUACGUGGCCUGGAUCCAAGAGAACACGCGGAAGAGGGACAAACCGGCUUCGCCCGAGCUGCCCACAUGAUGGUUUCAGGGGGUGGGCUCAGGUGGAAGCCGUCGACUCUUCCCGGCUCAGCAGAGCUGAGGCCGCUGGUGGAGUUGGGGUGGGGCUUCCCCAGCUGUGAGCACCCCUCGGCAGAGCCUCAACGAGUUGGGCUCUUUCCGCUAAGCCACGCUGAAUUCCCGCAAUCCGCUCUGUCCCGCGUUCCCGCACGGGGGCUACCGGGUGGUGAACUUUGUCCUAGACCUCCCGGCCAACUGUCAGCGCCUGCUUGGAAGACAAGCCCGUGCCAAGCAGUGGGUUUCACCCUCAGGAUGGCUGGGUGGUGGCGGAUGAUCCAUUUCGCCUGCUUCUUGGCUCCCGUGUUCGGUGAGUGCGUGACCCAGAUUUACAACGACACCUACUUCCAGGGAGGGGAUCUGAGGACUGUGUUCUCACCCAAUGUCCAGCACUGCCAGUUGACCUGUACCCUCCACCCGCGUUGCCUGCUCUUCUCUUUCCUGCCGGGCCGCUUGACCCCCGAGCCAGCCAAGAGGUUUGCCUGUUUCCUGAAAGACAGCAAAUCGGAGAUGCUGCCGAAGGUGACCAUAGCCGGGGCGGUCUCUGGUCACUCCUGGAAACAGUGCCGCCACCACAUCAGCGCCUGCGUGAAGGAUGUGUUUCCUGGACUGGACAUGCGAGGGAACAACCACGACGGGGGCCCGGCCCAGAGCUGGCAGGAGUGCCAGGCCCGCUGUUCCAACAAUGCCCACUGCCACUUCUUCACCUUUGCCACCAGCAAUUUCCACAGCAGCGCCCACCGGAACACCUGCCUGUUGAAGCACAGCGCGACAGGCGCUCCCACCAGCAUCAUGAUUCUUGAACACGUCCUGUCCGGCUUCUCGUUGAAGCCCUGUGGCCUUUCUAAGAUGGCCUGCCUCAGGGACAUAUUUUCGGAGACGGCGUUUGCGGACAACGAAACGGCCAGGGCGGUGGCCCCGGACGCCUUCGUCUGCCGCGGUCUCUGCACCCACCACCCCGCCUGCCUAUUCUUCACCUUCUAUUCCCAAGAGUGGCCGGAUCCGUCGCAGAGGAAUCUGUGUCUCCUGAAGUCGUCCGCCAGCGGGAUUCCCACGGCUCGGCUGUCCAGGGAGCGGGCUUACUCAGGCUUCAGCCUGCGUAGCUGCAGGCACGGCGUCCCCGUGUUCUGCCAUCCAUCCCUUUACCCCGACACUGACUUCCUGGGCUCGGAGCUGGACGUGGCUUAUGCCAACGGGCCAGCUGCCUGUCAGAAACUAUGCACGGAUGUGGCCCGCUGCCAGUUUUUCACGCACUCUCCGCUCCACCAAGCCGAUAACCCCGGGAGGGGGAAAUGCUCCUUAAAAAUGUCCUCCGACGGUUCCCCGUCCAAGAUCGUCUACGGCCGAGGAGGCAUCUCCGGCUACACGCUGAGGCUAUGCCAAAUGGACAACGUGUGCAUGACCAAAAUCCGUUCGAGGGUCGUUGGCGGUGAGGGGUCUGUCCGAGGCGAGUGGCCAUGGCAGGUGAGCUUGCAGGUGGUCCAGCCCCGCCAGAGGCACCUGUGUGGCGGUUCCAUCAUCGGGAACAGCUGGAUAUUGACAGCCGCCCAUUGCCUGGACCGAGUGGAGACCCCAGAGGAGCUGUGGGUUUAUGCGGGCGUCUUGAACCAGUCCGAGAUUGGCCAGGACACCCCGUUCUCCCGAGUUCAGAAGGCCAUCGUUCACAGCCAGUACCAGACCGAAGAAUUUGGGUUUGACAUCGCCCUGCUGAAGCUCGCGGGGCCCCUCAGCUUCACCGAUUUCCAGCGACCCAUCUGCCUGCCACCGGAGGGAGAUCCCACCUUGGCUUUCAGCAACUGCUGGGUGACUGGAUGGGGAUACGGCAGAGAGGACGGUGAGAUUCAGAACACACUCCAGAAGGUUUCUGUUCCGCUUGUGGACAAUGAGAAGUGCCAGGCUUGGUACAAUCCGCACAGAAUAACAGACCAUAUGGUCUGUGCCGGCUCUGAAGAAGGGGGCAGAGACGCUUGCCAGGGAGACUCCGGGGGACCCCUGGCGUGCGAGGACCACGGAGUCUGGUACUUGGUGGGCGUCACCAGCUGGGGAGAAGGCUGCGGCCGCAGGACCCGGCCCGGGGUGUAUGCCCGAGUGUCCAGGUUCUACAACUGGAUCCUGGAGAGCACGCAGGCCUGAACGGAGAGAGCCAGGGGGGGCCUCGACCACGUGGACUGGCCCGGCCCGGACCUCCUCUAAAUCCCUGGCGAGCCAAAGAAACCCCUCCACUCCACA